AUGGCGGGCUGCUGCUCCUGGCUGAGGGGCUUCCUGUUCGAGUACGACACGCCGCGCAUCGUGCUCAUCCGCAGCCGUAAAGUGGGGCUCAUGAACCGGGCAGUGCAGCUGUUCAUCCUGGCCUACGUCAUCGGGUGGGUGUUAGUGUGGGAAAAGGGCUACCAGGAAGUGGACUCUGUGGUCAGCUCGGUUACUGCCAAAGCCAAGGGCGUGACUGUAACUAACAGUUCUCAGCUCGGAUUCCGGAUCUGGGAUGUGGCCGAUUAUGUGAUUCCAGCUCAGGGGGAGAACUCCAUCUUCAUCAUGACCAACAUCAUUGUCACCAUGAACCAGACCCAAGGCUUCUGCCCUGAGCUUCCAGGGAGGACCAGUGUGUGUAAGUCAGACUCCGACUGUCCUGCUGGCACUACCGACACCCACAGCAGUGGAGUUGCGACAGGAAGGUGCGUGCCCUACAACAGGACUCUGAAGACGUGCGAGGUGGCAGCCUGGUGCCCGGUGGAGGAUGACUCCCACGUGCCAAGCCCUGCCUUUUUAAAGGCUGCAGAAAACUUCACCCUUUUGGUUAAGAACAACAUCUGGUAUCCCAAGUUUAACUUCACCAAGAGAAACAUCCUUCCCAACAUCACCACCACCUACCUCAAGUCAUGCAUUUACGAUGCCGCCACAGACCCGUUCUGCCCCAUCUUCCGUCUUGGCAGACUAGUGGAGUACGCCGGGAACAGCUUCCAGGACAUGGCCGUCGAGGGCGGCAUCAUGGGGAUCCAGAUCAGAUGGGACUGCAACCUGGACAGAGCCGCCUCCUUCUGCCUGCCCAGGUACUCCUUCCGCCGCCUGGACACUCGGGACAAGAACCACAACGUGUCCCCCGGCUACAAUUUCAGGUUUGCCAAGUACUACACUGACCUCACGGGCACGGAGCACCGCACACAGAUCAAGGCCUACGGCAUCCGCUUCGACAUCAUCGUGUUCGGAAAGGCUGGGAAAUUUGACAUCAUCCCAACCAUGAUCAGCAUUGGCUCCGGCUUGGCGCUCUUCGGGGUGGCAACAGUGCUGUGUGACAUCAUAGUCCUCUACUGCAUGAAGAAAAGAUAUUACUUCCGGGAGAAGAAGUACAAAUACGUGGAAGAUUACGAGCAGGGUAUCCACAAUGAGAUGGACCAGUAA